UGUACAUAUGUAUAUUAUUUUGCUGGAUUAAUCGCGUAUUCAGUUGAAAUUGGAUAAAGCAAUCAGGAUGUCGUUCAAGGAUGUGCGUGAUUUGAGUGAGCAACUCAAACUGUUGGGCUUUUCACGGGUGCUUCCGCUUCAAGCACUCGCCACUCAUCAUGGUAGCCUAGCUAACUUUUAUAUUGUGGCCGAGGUAAUACAGUGGGUCUCUGGGCUGCUGGAGCCGGGCGUUAUUCUGGCCGGUAAUGUGGAAACGGAGGAACAGCGUGUGCUGCUCAUACGCGUCGCCACUGAAUUCUUUGUGACAAAGGCAGCCAUAAAGCUUAAUCCGCGUAAACUUUAUGCCGCCGCGGCUGUUAGUUGCACUGAGUUACAGAAGAUAACAAGUUUGCUCAUUGCGCCUACACGCAUAGAAGAAGAUGUCGAGAAUAGAGAUGAGGAAAGUGAGCAAGAUUGCAGUCUCAAGCAAGCAGACAUUGGCGACAAAAUGGAUGAGUUGCGUCGAGCUCGCGACCUAUCCUCGGAUUUAACACAACGCGGCGCUGGUCUUUUCGAUCUGCUAUCUAAGGAGCUGAUCAACAAGUCAGGGCGUGUAGCGCAGGUACAACGCGCAAUGGAACUAGUCAGCGUGGAGCGCACUUUGAAGAACGCUAUCCAGGCCAGCCACUUGAAACUGCAGUCCAGUCGUGCCCAACUAGAGAAUGCACGUGUCGAACUUAAUGCCCUCAACUCGAAGCUUCUGCGCAAGCGAGCAGAGCUGGAGAGAACCAAGCAGAGACUAGAGGCACUCCAAAAAAUUCGGCCCGCUCACAUGUCAGAGUUUGAGGAAUGCGAGAGGGAGCUGCAGCAAUUAUUUCAGCGUUACUUUCUACGAUUUCAUUUGCGUGAUGCGCUGCGUAAUUACCUGAAAGCACGCAUCAAGCGACGUGGUUCACCCAUUUCAUCGCCAAUACUUCAGAAGCCGACAGAGAGCUCGAUGUCAUUUAUACCAGAGAGCCUUAUCAAGGACGAUGACGAUGAAGACGAAGAUGGUGUUCAUAUGGGCAACGGACUGUCACGAGAGGCGGCCUUCGGUCUGGACUCAGAAAUACCCGACAUACGCGACGAAGAUUUAAUGCUACAGAGCACCACAGCAGACAGAGGUGUCCAUCCCGGGUCGGUUGUCGGCUCGUCAACGGCGGCACCCAAUAAGAGACCUGGGACGGCCACCUCUCGCAAACGUCCUACCACUGGAUGUAUUCGAAGAGCGGCAGCCACGGUAUCUGCAGCUACCUCAAGCGGCGCACGCCCCACACGCAUUGGACGAGAUGGACCAAGUAGCAACAUGCUCAUUCGCUUUGGAGAUAACGACAGUAGCUUUAGCAGUUCCGAUAGUGAUUUCAACGUGGGUAUGGGCCCUGGCAAGGGUGAUGAUGAUUUUGAUCUUAACUCUAUCGAUGAUAUUAGCAUAUCAAAACUAACGGGCGAGCUGCCACUGCGCCCGAAAACGGCGAUCAAGCCGGAGCACAAUAGCGACGAGGAUUUUUAGCCAAACGAGCUGAUGAAUAGAUUUAUAUACUAUAAAUGAGUUAUUAAUGUAAUAUUUGUAAA